AUGUCAGAAAAUAGAUCUCAUUGUUUAUUAAUAGCAGGUACAUAUGAUGGAUAUAUCGUUGGAUUAGAAAUUAAAAAUAAUCAAGAAUUACAACAAAAUAAUAUCCCAAAUUUGUAUUUACAUCCAAUAUUUGCAUUUAAAGCUCAUUCAUCAAGUAUCCGUGAUAUUUCUGCGAAUGAACAUUUUUUACUAACUGCUAGUUCUGAUGAAACUAUGAGAAUAUAUAAUUUAAUUACAAGAUGUGAUUCUGGAAUAUUAACUAAACAUCAAGGAAAUAUUAAUAAAAUUAUCUUAAGUCCAAAAUCAAAAUAUAUGAUAUCUUGUGGUGAAGAUAAGCUUAUAUGUCUAUGGAAUUGUAUAAAUUGGCAACCUUUAUUAGAAUUAUCAGAAAUCCAUAAAUUUAAUCCUAUAUCUGUUGAUUUUCAUCCAUCAAUGAGAUUAGCUUUAAGUAUUGAUCAAUAUGGGACUAUAUGUCUAAUUGAUUUAAUUAAAGGAUGUUGUAGUUUAACAACUACAGCUCAUAUAUUAGGUCCGAAUAUCCCAAACAUAACUCAUAAAAGUAAAUAUGGAUUUAUAAAUAAAAUCAAUUUUAAUCGAGAUGGUUAUUUAUAUGCAAUUAUUUCACAAUUUAAUAUUAUAGUAUAUAGUUUAACUGAAUGUAAUAAAUAUGUUAAUUUAUUUGUUAUCCCAUCAAAAUUAACUAUAACUGCCUUCUCUUGGAUUUCAAAUAAUUUUAUAAUUGUUGGAUUUUCAGAUGGAUCUAUUAAAUUCUUUUAUGUAACAUUGAAUGAAUUUUUAGAAAUUAAAAUAAUAUUUAAUUAUUCUAAAUUUGAAAAUAAUAAACAAAAUCUUCAUAGAAUUAAGGGUAUUAUCCCUAUAUAUGUAGCAGAGAACAUAAUAUAUAAUGGAUUUCUUGGAAUUUGUGAUUCUAAUGGAUUAUUUAUAUUAUUUUCAUAUAUAAUAGAUCAAGAUUAUCCUCAUUUUAUUUUAAAUUUAAAAUGUUGUGAUUCUUAUAAUUUUGAUACUAGAAUUACUUGCUCAUGUAUUAGUUCUAAUUAUUUGAAUAUAAUCUAUGAAAAUAAAAAAAAAAAGAUUAAAAAUAAAAAUAUUAAAAAGAAGGAAGAUUAA